GUGGAAAAUUCAAAGAGUCUUAAAAACCCAAUCCUGUGUACAUUUUACUCAGAAGUAAAUAAACCCCACUGCUUCCAAUGGGAUUUACUUCCCAGAUAAGUGUUCAUAAUGACGACAGUCUUACGGUUCAGAUUAAUGUGGGAGCCUUUAAGGAGCAGCAAAAUCGAAACGAUGCUGAUCGGUGUCUUUUUCCCUGUUAAUCACCGAGCGCACCCAUCGACGGAGCCCCAAUAACAUUGGAAGGGAACUAGCUUCCCGGGGGCUCAUGACAGAAUUCCCCACAGGUGCCCUUUUGUCCUCCACAAUCUCCUUUGGUACUCUUAUGAGAGGGGAAAUGCAACAGGUGCAGCUUUCACAGCAUCGUGGAGUUGGAGGGAACCUCGAUGGCCUCGAUCUUACUGCAGCCCUUUUGUCUGAUCUGGUGCAAGAGCACCCACGACAGAUGGCUGCCCUGAAGACAUAGGAUAGCGAGGGAAAGCUUCACCUGUUGAAUAAGAUUCACGGGGUGGGGGGCAACUGCUAAAGGCGCAGGAGCGCCACCAGCAAAAUGGGCCAUAUUGCUGUCAGAGAGAGAGAGUCUAGAAAACGUGAAGAAUUUGUUUCCAGCGCAGCAUCUUUUUCCUGCGGCCGCGAGCGAGAGAGGAGCGAGCGAGCCAAGCUCAGAGAGUAAAACCUGCGUGGGAUUGAGGAGCGCUUUAGAAAUGGUUCCCUCCCAGUCCCUAGAUGGAGCCGAAAGGCGCCCAUAUUUGGAAGGGGAGGAGACUGAAGCCCAACCCUGGGGGCGGCCUUGCUGCGAGGAUUUCCUCCAACCCGCUGCAAAGCCCGCCUAUAACGGCUGGGAGAGGCGCAGCCCCGGGCUGCUGCAGAAAAGAAGAGGCUGGAGCUUGUUAAAUCGUCCGCGCCAGAUUACAGAAGAGAUUGGAAUAUUGACCACUAAUCAGCUGAAACUAAGGCUCCAAAAUAAUUUACUAUGGCAGAGAUGAAGUCUGCAUAUUUUUAAAAAAUGAAAUCCAAAGGAAUCUUAAAAGAUCAUGCUAUCAGAAUUCCGCAUAAGACUUGGAUCUCUUGUUCCUCCUUCUAAGCUUCUAUACAGUAAGCUCUCAAAGUUGUAGCUUGCCAACAGAGGCAGCAUCAGGUUCCAUGAUGAUACAUUCCUGCCCAGAAAGAAUGUCUAAUGAUAGUCGGAGAAUGGAUGAGCAGGAGCAAGAAGAAUGGGGAAAAUUAAACAAGUUAUUAAGGCAACAUGGCUUAAAACCUGUGUACCUUGAUAAACCUGGAACUGGCAGAAACAUAGCAGAUAGGAUUGUUAUGGACAGACAGACUUCGCAAGCAAUACGAUAUGCAUUGAGAUCAUUAAUGGAAGAAACAGAGCGUCAACGUAAAAUAGUUCGUGGCUUGAUAGAAGAAAAUCGCCAAAUUAGAGAUGAACUACGUUUAGAACGAAGUCGGGCUUCUCGGCAGGAACAACGAGCCAAUGAGCUAGACAUCAUUGUGGAAAAUGUCAAACAGAAAAUCUGUCAGCUGGAAGAUAAGUCUAUAGCUCAUGCUUGUGAGCAGCAGAACCAAGUCAAGGAGCUUCAGAAAGAUCAGCAAGCUUCACAGGACUGUUCUGCCUUCUGUGAUUCCCCUGUGUUCUGCUUGCAGGCAAAGAAUCAGCAACAGAUUGACAAGCUCCGAGAGCAAGAAGAGACUAUUGCCCGUUUGGAAAAAGAGCUUAAAAAGAUGGACAUGGAGGAGGAGGAGCGUUUGGCUACACAGAAAAAAAUAUUCCGGCAGUUCUGCAAACAAGCUCCAAGAACUCAUUUGGAUCAGCAGAUUUGUUCUUUAAUUGACCAUUAUGAGUCUCAGAUCAAGCAAGUGAGAAAAGAAUUAAGGAGAUAUAACAGAGAGCCUGAUCAUACACAAGGAGAAGGGAAAAAUGAGGAAGAAUUCUUGAAGGACAUAGAUGCCACUCCAAAUUACAGAGCCCUACUCAUGUCUUUCCAGACUCAGAUAAUCGAAACAAAAGCCAGAAAUGAACAGCUGUUACGUGAAAAUACAAAUCUCAGGAAAGAGAUGGAAAUCAGACCAACUGUGCAAGAGUUAAAAUUUUACAAACACCAAGUGAAGAAGCUGGAGAAGGCACUGAAGAAUAUCAAAUCCCAUGAGAUUGAUGAAGAAGAAAGCAUGAAAGAAAACAGAGAAUGUAAAAGUACUACAGGAGGGGUACUGCAGGAAACCUGCAGGAAAUACUUGCAGGUGUUGUCCAGCAUUGACGCUAUUAUAAGAAGCCCAAGAAGAGCUCCGUUGGUCACGCAUUUGCAGCGGAAAGGGUUGCCGCAAAGCUGCCCCAAAGGGGAUGAGCAGGAAUGUGGAUUUGAGCACCUUCCUCUUACAGUUGAGAUGUGGGCUGACCAGCUAAUGGCCCUAAAGACUUUGCAUAGGUCCCUGAAAAAAUUGUUUCUGCAACUAGUGCCUUGGUGUAUGGUCACGAUGCAGGAUAACAGUGAAUAUAUUAGAGUUGAAGACCUUCAGCUCAUGGUAGAUGAAAUCUCUGAAGAAGUAGUAAAUAAAGAAAAGAGAAGUUGUGUGCCUUCACAAGAAGCUUUGUAUGCAAUGGUGUCUCACUUUCAAAAGCUCUUUGAUGUGAAAUCUAUUAAUGGAAUUUAUCCUCGCAUGAAUGAAGUUUAUACAAAACUUGGCGAAAUGAUCAAUGCUAUGAGAAACCUCUGUGAUCUUUUAGAACUAGAUACUUCUGCCCCACCCAGUGUCCUGGUCAACAGGGUUGGAAAGCUAUGCAGUCUGAUUAAUGAGAAUGUGUCCCAGCAGGUUGAGCAGCUGCUGGGCACCCCUGACAUCCAAAGCAUUGUUGACGAGUUAAAAGAACAUGAUAACUUUUUCCAAGCAUUUGAAGGUCUUAUUGAAGACUUGCUUCAUAUUCUAGAGGUCAGAAAUCUGACAGAUAUAGUACCUGCUGUGCAGAAGCUGAAAUGGAAAGCCUGAUGAUUAUGUAAGCCAUGUCUCAACUUAAUACUUACCUACCUCUCUGUGUGUGUAUAGCUGUUGAAUAAAAGGUUUUAACUAUUGAAAUUUUGAUAUUCACACAUAAUGGUCCAAGGGAUUUUUUUCUCUCCAAAAAGUCACAAUACCACAGUGUUUAAGUUUCUUUAUUAAAAUCAGUUUUGUACUCAG